CCAACAACACCCACCUCCUUCCCAUUGCCCUCCAACCAUCAAUUGGGCUGCUUUGAUACCACUAGUACAUUCUAGUAGGGAGCAAUCCCUAGAUCUUUUCCUAGGAUUUGUGACACAGCGGCCUAUUCUCCCCUAUUAAUCCCAAAAUGCCUCCUCGAAUACAAAACCAGCUCGUCUCUAAUUCCCUCCUCCCAUACCUUUCCUCCUCCUCAUCACCCUCUUCCACAAGUGCUUCCUUGUCCUCAUCAUCAUCAUGCACAUCCCUCUCCCAGUAUUCUCGCUCUCGCUCUUCCCCCUCCCCUCUCUCAUACAAGCCCCGACGCCCAUUCUCCUCCACAAAGGCCGCGCACACAAAACUCCGACAGGACAUGUUCACAUGGCUCAACAGUGAUGGGACUGCUCUGAAACACCAUAUCCCAGGCACAACUAACUACCUUGGUGAUCUGAAGCAGCGGAAAGCAGGGGAUCCACAGGCUGAAGAGAGAAGUUCGUCGCGGCCGUUCCCACUGAACCCUAAUUUCAUUAGCGAGAGCAUCCUCAGCGAGGAGCUGCGAAAUGAGAUCUACAACCAGGUGGUGGUGAAGAAGAAGAGCGUUCGUGCUGUCAGUGUUGAGAUGGGUGUUGAUAUGAGGAGAGUCGCCGCGGUGGUGCGAUUGGUUGAAUUGGAAAAGCGAAUGAAGGAACAGGGAAAAUCACUGGCCCUGCCAUAUGCCCGCGCCGUACAUGAGAUGGUGCCAAGUACACCCCUAUACGAGGACCCACGCGACCAACGUUCCAACCCCCACGAGUCGAUCAACGACCUCCCCGCGCACCGACUCACGGAUGCUCAGAUCUUCUACCCGGUCUCUGAAUCCCGGCAAUUCAACCGUAUCGAUGCUGGCCGCGUGUUCUCUGCCGCUCCUGCGCGCGAACACAGCAAGGUGGCAAAGGAAGUUGCCAAUCCAGCUGAGACUGUGAGCCGCAUUACGCAGAACCCGUCCCUCAUUGAGACUGUUGGUAAGGGCGCAGAGGAACAGGCCGUCCUGCAGCCGGCUGAUGUGCGUAUCCCACACCCUCACCUCGUCGCUCAUGAGCGCCAGCGCCUCGCAAACCCCAAUGAGUGGCGUGAAACGCGCAAAGCCUACGAGCAGCGUCUCAAGCAAGAAGAAGCCGCGGAGCAGGAACGCAAGCGUCUUGCCAAGGAGCGCCGUGAGCGCCAGAUGUCCCGUGUCCAGCCUGAAGCCUCGCGCUUCGAGUUCCGUAUCAAGGAUGUUGUCGUUAGCAAGGAGACUACCGGUGCGGAUGGCCGUGGCUCGCAGGCUCCUGGUCGUAGAUAUGGAGUGCCCAGCUACGACCGGAAGAAGGGAGAGGUGAAGAUUCCCACUCGUGUGGAAGUUUAGUUGGGGCAUGAGCGUCUGUAGAUUAGGUGCCCGAUGGAAGGACCGAUGUACUUGUAUUCUACUAUUAUCCUAUUAUUAGCUUAGGAUCUAGCUCCCCUGUAUAGAUAUUUUCCUCGUGCUACUAUUAUUAUCGUCGGAACGAUGUUUAUU